GUAGGGAGAUGUAGAGGUAGAAAACUGUACUCAGUUAACAUCUUGGUUAGUUAUUAUUAUUAGUGUAACAUUAAUCAGAUGGCAAAGCUCUUGAAUAUUUCAGAAUAAUCGAUUUAUCAGAGAAUAGUAGUACAAUAACUAAAAAAAUAUGGACUAAUUUACUGCUUAACGAAGAGAUUUACUUUAUGUACAGAGGUAGUUUCCGUCAACUGAUGGAUCAUACUCACUUUUACUCUUCUAAACAAUAAUAGUAACAAGGAUGGUUAUAAGGAUGAUGAUGAUAAUGAAUGGUAGAUAAAUCUGUUAACAAAUCAGUAUGGGAACCGUACUUUCAACAUUUUCCAAUGAAGAUUCAUCACAAUAUCCAGUACAUUCACUUAGAAGACCAUUAAGUGAUGUGCAUAAAACAAAAGAAUUCAAGUGUUACAUUCCAUCUACACCACAUAAUGAACCUUAUGAUGAAUACAUUGAUCAACAUGGAUCAAUCAAUAAAAAUUUGAAUUUCGAUCAAAAUGGUGAAGCUUUAACAAUACAAAAGGAAUAUGAAUAUAUUUCUGGCAAUCGUUAUAUAGAAUCAGAUAAAACUCACAAUUCUGCAAAUAUGUUUGGCUUAAAACGAUUCUUAUUCUCUGGUUUAUCACGUAAAACAAAAAUGUCUGUUAGUAAUGGGAUUAUUCCAAGUUUAAGAACCCCAGAUAAUCGAAUUCAUAGACUAUCUGUUAAAUCUGAUGGAAAAAAUACUGUUCAUGGUCGUGGGGAUCAAAUGAAAGUUUUAGUUCAUUCAAAAAAUCACUCAACGAUUGAAAUCCCGUUAUUUUACUGUCAUCAACAAAAGGAACAUCUUGAAGAAGAUUCAACAAAGUUAAUUAAUAAUAUACAGAAUAUUCAAUUAGACAAUGUUCAAUUAAAUUCUAUAUCUUCCUCAUCAUAUUGUGAUACAUCAGUUCCAAAAGAAGUUUCUCAAUUUGAAACUUUAGGAAUAACACAAAGUUCUUGUCAUUUUGAAUCCAGAGAUAUUAUGAAUGAUAGUGUUAGCCAAGAGUAUCGUUCAUCUGGUCAAAACUCCCUAACAGACUUUAAAUCAGUUUAUCGGAAAGAUUUUAUAAUUCACCACGAUACUACUACUAAUACUACUAUUAAUAAACAUCAUAAACAAUUAUCUGAACCAAAUUCCCGAUUGAGACAUCGUUAUUCUCACUGUUUAUCUACAGAGUUUAAUCGAAAAUGCUGUGCUACACACCAUCAUAACAAUGAUAUUAUUGGUAAUACCAUGCCGUAUACACCUAGCCUUGUUGAUUUAAGGUGGGUUGCACGAUCUAAAGGUUCAAAUAUCAAACAUUCAAACGAACAGAUUUAUGUAAGUAAUUCACCUUAUUCACUGAUAGAAAAUAACUCUACUGUGCAAAGUUGUCAGAAUAAUAAAGAUUACUUUUAUAUACCUACGUCUACAAUAUCAGAAAAAUCGUCUAAACAGCUUUCAACAUUCAACGACAAUUCAUCUCCAGUGGACACUUAUCCAAGAGAAUAUCACCAUCCUAAUCCCACACAUCAUAACUAUCACCAAUAUCAAAAUAAUCAAUUGAUAGUAGAACACAUUUCACGGAAUGUCACUGAUACUUCACCGAGUACACGUAGUUGUUCAUUCGAUAUGCGUUUUCCCCUAUACAAUCAUCAUGAUAAUCAGUCAGAUAAACAAAACUCCUCUUUGUGUACUGUUAAAGAUAAUUAUGCUCCAAUUUUUAUACCACCGAAUACUUCUACACUCUCUGAAAGUAAUAAUAUUAAAAGCUUUAAUUUAUCUUGUGUACAUAAUUGUUUAUCAGCUCAAAUGUUUGAAAUCCCUGAUAAUAAUACACAAUAUAACUAUCAAAAUGAAACAAACAAAAUGGAAGAACAAUUAUCAAGUAAAUUCGAUAGACAUUUAACUGAAUAUGGUAUUGAUUUAACAAUUCCAUCAUCUCCUAUUCAUAUACAACGUAAGAUCAAUGGAAUGGGAUUUGAUAAAUAUCGAAAUAUUACAAAAUCAAUAUCAUGUUAUGCUUUAAAACUUUUCACACAUCAUAAUAACAAUCAUUUUUAUCAACAAAAAUAUAAAAAAAGUUCUGUCGAAUCAACCACAAUGACAAAAUCAUUUUUCCGAACAAAUCACAUCAUUUAUGAUCGAAAAAUAUCUAAAAUACGCUCUGAUAAGAAAAUGAAUGAUCGUAUGAAAAAGAAUUCUUUUGUUAGAGAUGUUGAAGAAUUAAAAAGAUAUAAUCAACAAUUUGAAGAAAGUAAUACAGUUGCUAUGACAACUACAGCUAUGACAACAACAUCACCACCACCACCACCACCACCACCACCAACAACAAAACCAACAAGUGCGAUGAAUAACAAUCAAAAAAAUAGUCUUAUCCCACAAUAUUAUAGAACUGAUGCUCAAUCAACAGAUUGUAUCAAGUGUUUUAAUCAUCGUAAAAGUAUUGGGAAACUAGAUGGAAUUAAUGGAAUGUUUGAAAAUCUAAAAUCUGAUCAUAAACUUGAUCGAUACUAUAAUAUGAAACAUCUUAAUCAUGACAAUCAUUGUUAUUACGAUACAUCUAUAUUGCAAACAAGUUGGAGACGAGGUGAAGUGAAGAAAGAUCAAUACCAGUCAGGAAGUGGCAAGUCUAUUAAUAAUAUUUCUAUGACUACUAAUACUACUACUACUACUACUACUACUACUACUGCUACAGCGCCUCAUGUUUAUAAUUUAUUUCGGCAACCGAUAUUUAAAGCAAGUACAAGUGAAUUAUUAAAAUGUUUAUCUAUUUUUAUUGUUGCACGUAUACAAAUGAAUUUAUUAGAAAAUUCAAAUCAUUUACAUAAUUCUGAUUUACAUGGUAUUCAACCAGCAAUUAUUGUUGCAUGGAUUCGAGCUAUUGAUCGAGCACUUCUAUUACAAGGUUGGUCUGAAGUAGCAUUCAUUAAUCCAACUCAUAUUGUAUUUUUAUAUAUGAUGUUAAAAAAUUUUAUACAAAAUGGUAAUAUACAUACAGAACGUGAAUUGCAUACAAUCAUUAUGGCAUGUCUUUAUUUAGCUUAUUCAUAUGCUGGUAAUGAAAUCAGUUAUCCAUUAAGACCAUUUCUUAUUGCUGAAACAAAUCAAUUUGUUGCACAUUCAGAAGGUGGAAAUAAAAAGUUAUUAUCAAGUACAAUGCAUGUAUUAACAUCAUCAUCAUCAUCAUCCUCCUCCUCAACAACAGCAACAACAAGUGUAGAGAAUUGUUUAAAAUCAAAAGUAAUUGAUGAAGUACGCAAUCGAUUUUGGCAAUAUGUUAUACGUAUAGUCAAUGAAAAAUCUUCAGAAAUGCUUCGAAUUAAUGCUGAACCAAUAUUAUUUACACAAAUGUUUAAAGAAUUAACUUUAUAUGACAAUAUUGUUAUUGCUAUGAAAUUAUUCUCAAAUCAUAAUUAUCAUAUCAACAAUAAGAAUAUCAAUAUUGAUGACAAUAAUGAUCGAUCUGGAUAACAGAAAUUGACAAAAUAUGGAUUAUACCAUAUAAGAUUUUAGCGCCCUAUUCAUGCAUAUAGUUGCAUAUUUUCAAGUAAUACAUAUUGCUUGUCUAACUUUGUAUUCAAUAAAAUGAAUCAACACCAACACAAUUUACUUAUUUACAUCUACUCCCUUCGACUUACAAAUAUAAAAAGUUGUAUAGUAACAAAAAUAAAUCGGAUAUUUUCAUGGAAACAAUAUACAGAUACACAUAAAUCAGGUCUUUCAUUUCAUUAUAACUGUGAAUAAAUGAGAAAUGAGAAGCAUUCACUUAUUCGCCUCUGUUUUUUUUUUUUUUGGGGAUUCUUUCAUUCUCCUCUAUGAUACUCUUCAUAGUUGUUUUUAUUUUUUUAAAAUGUUUAUUUUUUUUGCAUUUAUUAUUACAUGUUAAUACAAUGUGAAAUGAUGCAUGAAUUGCUUUUGUUGUUGAAUUGUAUAGAAAUUACAGUUCAGAGAAACUAUUUCACCUUUUAUGUCUUUACUCGCUUUGAUCAAUACAUAGAUUUAUGCAUUGUGAUAGAAUAUUUCAUGUCUAGUAUUAUUAUUAUUAUUAUUACCAGUUCACCUAUAUUUGUUAAUAACUUUGUUACUACCUCGAUGUUAUAAACGAUGAUGCCUAUGAUGAAAAUGUGAAUGUAGAAAGAAUAAACUAGAGCUUAAUUCAUUUCUUUCUAUAAUCUUUCUUUACAUACUCUCACUCUCUCUCACUCUGUGUGUGUGUGUGACGAAACUGUCUUGUUUUGUAUUACUGACUCUUUCAAGUUGGAUAAAUUGAGCACAAUGUGACUGUUGAUUAAUGGUUACAUAAUUGUAAAACGUUAUUUUCAAUAAAGAAUGUCUCUAUCGUUUU